AUGGUCAAGGAACAAAACCUCCAAGAUGCUCGUCAGGAACUAGCUCAAAUCUUCCAGUACGAGCAGGAUGACCUCUGUGAAGACGACAGUUCCGCCAGUAAACAAGCGCUGCGAUUGCUGCUGGCAUAUCCCGAGUUGGCAUCCGAAGAGUUUGAAGCAGAUGAAGAAGUCGCAUUCAAGCUCUUGCCUUUGAGUAUCUUUAUUACCAGUGGAGCUGGGAUUCAAGUCAUUGAAGCAGUCGAACAGCUCUAUCCGCAGGCCGUUUCGACCAAGCACCCGGAACUCAAGUUCUUUCCACUGCAAGCUGCUUGCGAGGUCCAUGCGGAUGGAGAUGUCAUCGAGUUCUUGGCAAACAAGUAUCCCAUGGCCGUCGAGGCACGGGACAACAAAGGCGAUUUGAUCAUCCAUUCUGUUCUCAGCCAAGGCAAAGACGCCAUCCCUCGUCGCAAAACUGUGGAGCGGCUGCUUGACUUGUACCCGGAAAGUCUUCGACAACCCAACCAUGAAGGCGUAUGCCCCUUGGGAAUUGCCUUUCGAGCGCGACAGAGUUCCAAGAUUAUAGAUAGAAUCAUCGAGAAACGACUGGAAGAAGGGAUCCACUCCUUUGAAAUGAUUGGCUGGAAGGACUUUGAGCUCAAUGCCAAGGAAGUGUCUCGUUUCGGAGUGGAGCUUUUCCCCAAACUCGAUUUGAAAGCACUUUGGUGUGAGCCCGAUUCCUACGGCGACGAUGGAUUUGCCUACUUGAUGGAGUAUCUCAUGGGGGAUCGAACCAUUGAAAAACUGUCCUUGUCAUUCCCACCACUCGACGGCCGUGGCAAGGGAGCUGCUCUUUUGAACUUUUUCCGAAACAACAUUACCGUGCGGCAUCUAUCCUUGUCGCGAAACGUUGCCAUGUGGAGUCAAGCCAACGGAAUGGACUAUUUGUUGCAGGGCAUGGGCUACAACCCGGCCAUUCUGUCGCUGCAGCUAUCAGGUCUCUUUCUUAUGUCUAGCUUUGAACUGGGAUACCUGAUUUCCAGAUCACCCAAGAAGCUCAUUCUCAACAACGUCAUGGUGUCCAGCAAGUGGGCAACGGCGAACGUAAAGCAGUGGGGGACAUCCAUGGUGACUGACCUGACGUUACGGAACUGCAAAAUGAGGGGCAAGUGCCUCGACAAAUUCUUGGAUGGACUCAAGAAUCUUCCCGCGCUCAAGAGGCUGACCCUUGACUUCACCAUGCCAGAAGACAAGCACGACGAGAAGUACCUCAAGGGCCGUGACAUUACAAAACCAAUCCUAUCGUUACUCAAGAAUGGAAACCUCGAAGGGUUGAUUCUGCAAGGUCUCACAAUGGACAUUCGCAAGUUGUCUGUCAAGUUGAACAAGGACACUACUUUGAAGAAGCUACGCAUUGACUCUUUACGAAGUGAACUAUCCAUGACUGUCGGGUGUCUUGUCGGCGCCCUGAUCAAUGACAACAGGACACUGGAAGAUAUCAAGUUUCACUGCGACUACGACUACGAAAAGACACAACCAGCACUGGAUGGUAGUGAUGUGGCAGUGCCGAGGUUCGAAAUUGUGGAAGAUCCGGCGAUCAAGUACUACACGACAAGGAACCGCACCGGAAAGAAGGGAGGCAAGGCGGCACCAAAGAUCCAGAGCGUCAAUACUUUCGCCGAGAAACCACGCUCCAAACGAGGUUCGGUUGGACGAGAACUCAUGCGGUAG